CUUGGCUACAUUUUUACGGACCGCCAUUAGCUCAACGCCCGUUGCUGUUCUUUAACCACUCUACCUAGAUGAAGUGCCCACCUUCAACAAUAAAACUACGAACGAAGAGAAUCGGAAUUAGUUCAGAGGAAGAUGCCCGCCGCCACCGUUAACGCUCAACAGGACGACAUUCGCUCCGCUGUGUUGACUCAUGGGGUCUUCACAUUUGAAACUAUGGACAAGCCCCCUCCCCCUGGACUGAAGGAGAGCACCAUGAAACGGGCCUUUUUCGGGAGCGACAAAUACAUGGCCUCCGGUGAGGGAGGGCCCAUCCAUCACUGUCAUCCACUCAUUCGUUCCAUCUCAAUCAUGCGCCCCGAGGACGACACCAAGCCCAGCACCAUUGUCCGGGCCAGGGACGAGCAGGCCCAGGAGCAGCAGCAGCCGCAGCAGACAGGCGCCAGGGGAAGCAUGUGGAGCGUCUUAGUUGAUAACGGUCAGGGGGACGAGCCCCGACCUCAAGACUGACAAGCACUGGGUCUCGUGGUGGAACUUGCUGGCGGUGCUGAUGGCCAUCGAAAUGGGCCAUGAUACAGGUAUCCCCGGGAUUAGUGGUCCGACCACGGAGGGGGAACCAGAUGAGCAACAAGAAAAGUCCUCGCUACCGCUCUACACAAUAGAAGUCGAGAGCGAGAACGGUCGACGACUAAACCUCGCUUAGCAAUUUCCGGGAGACAUAAUGGCGAUAUAUCUCAGUCUCGUUCAAACGACCAUGGGUCCUCCCGGGUCCUGUGAAUGCUCCUCUUACGCGUUCGAGCACGAGGAGUAUUAGAAAGUCCAACCUCUUUGGAGGUAUCUUGGAGGGCCGGGCAUUAUUGAGGUCUUUUUCGCAUUUCUUUCUCGGACGUGUCGCAGCCUGCUUUGCAGGUUCGCACAGCCAAUGCCUAGGGCUUGCGACAGCUCGGAUGGAGGUGGGAGAAAUGGAGCUCGGGAUGGUAAUGGUGGUGAUGAAGACGGUAGAUCCGAAGACUAGGUCGAGGGAUAGGAGGAGGCGGAGGAAUCAAAGGUGACGGACGCAGUAGACACGAAGGAUAGAUGGACCGGCGUUUGCAUAGUCUACUG